ACAGCUGUCUCCAGCCUUUUUAACCCCGCCAUGACAGCACGAUUAGUUUACUCUCCCUCUAAACCUCAAACCACCCCGAAAGAAAGGAAAAAAGAUCGGAGGAGGUAAAAGUAUACGCAGGCAGGCAGGCCUGCGCGCGUACAAAGCGCUGAGAAACAAACAAAAAGGAAAUCGGGGGAGUGCCUGCCGAGUAGAAAAGGAGGAGGAAACAGUUCGAGCUCGCCGCAGCGAGAAGCGACUCCCCCAGUCCCAGGCGACGAGCGUGCGAGGGGGUGGUGGGGUUGGGCAUGGAUAGCGAGAUGGCGGAGGAGUCGGCGGCGCGCGGCGGGGCUGGACAGCUGGCGGCGGUGGCGGAGGAGGGUGAGGGCGGAGCGGUGGCGGGGGCUCAUGCGCCGGCGCCGGCCGCGGCGGUCGGGUCCAGCAAGACCAUGGAGCGCGUCGCGGCCGCGAAGAAGUUCAUCGAGGACCACUACAAGGCGCAGAUGAAGAACCUCCAGGAGCGCAAGGAGAGGCGCUUGGUUUUGGAACAACAGCUAGCUUCUUCACAAGUUCCCAGGGAGGAGCAGCUAAACUUAAUAAAGGAUCUGGAGAGAAAGGAGACUGAAUACAUGAGACUCAAAAGACACAGAAUUUGUGUGGAUGACUUUGAGAUGCUCACUAUCAUUGGAAGAGGUGCCUUUGGGGAGGUUCGACUAUGUCGGGAAAAAUCCUCUGGUAACAUUUAUGCAAUGAAAAAGCUAAAGAAGUCUGAAAUGCUUGUCAGGGGUCAGGUGGAACAUGUUAGAGCUGAAAGAAACUUGCUGGCUGAAGUUGGUAGCCACUGUAUUGUGAAACUAUAUUAUUCUUUCCAAGAUGCUGAGUACCUCUAUCUUAUCAUGGAGUACCUUCCUGGAGGUGACAUGAUGAACCUCCUCAUACGGGAGGAUACUCUGAAUGAAGAUGUGGCUCGUUUCUACAUUGCUGAGACUGUUCUUGCAAUCGAAUCCAUUCAUAAACAUAACUACAUUCACAGGGAUAUAAAACCUGACAACCUACUCCUCGACAAGAAUGGUCAUAUGAAAUUGUCAGAUUUUGGACUGUGCAAGCCAAUUGAUUGUUCAAAGUUGUCAACCUUGAAUGAAGAUGAACCAAUGGCUGAUGAAAACCUUAGGGAGUCCAUGGACAUUGAUCAUUCUUUCUCCGAUACAGCAAAUGGUAGGAGGUGGAGAAGUCCAAAUGAACAGCUUCAGCACUGGCAGAAGAACAGGAGAAAACUGGCAUUCUCAACAGUUGGGACACCUGAUUAUAUUGCUCCGGAGGUUCUACUAAAGAAGGGAUAUGGAGUUGAAUGUGACUGGUGGUCCCUUGGUGCAAUCAUGUAUGAAAUGCUUGUUGGCUAUCCACCAUUUUAUUCAGAUGAUCCAAUAACUACGUGCCGAAAGAUUGUGCAUUGGAGAAGCUAUUUGAAAUUUCCAGACAGUCCAAGUUUGUCACUUGAAGCAAAGGAUCUCAUCUGUCGGUUAUUAUGUGAUGUUGAUCACAGGAUUGGCAGUGGAGGGGCAGAUCAAAUAAAGGCUCAUCCUUGGUUUCAAGGAAUAGAAUGGGACAACUUGUAUGAGAUGGAGGCAGCUUUCAAGCCUCAAGUAAAUGAUGAGCUGGAUACACAGAACUUCAUGAAGUUUGAGGAAUCUGACCCUGCUCCAGCAAGACCAGGUUCUGGGGCUUCAAGGAAGAUGAUGCUUAAUUCUAAGGAUCUUAGCUUUGUGGGUUAUACAUACAAGAAUUUUGAAGCUGUGAAAGGUUUGCAUCAAUCCGCAGAUCUGCGGAGAAGCUCCUCAUUUACAAGGCACUCCACUGGCUCCCCAUCUGAUUCAGCAGACAUGGACUCAUCAAUGGAACAGGAUGGAACGGACACCCACAGGCGCUCUAGUUCGUCCGGAGACCCUAUGGUGCCAUGAUCUCCCCUGCGGUUUCCCUGAAGCACCCUGUCCUACAGCAUCGGUGCCCCUUGAUGAUGUGGCUGCAUCUGAAGAGACCUGCCUGCUUUUAUUCAGGUCCCAGCCCUUGUAAUCGUUGGCGAGCACCUUGCUGUACAAACUAGAGGUAUCAGCGCAGUGUGUUUCCGGUGAGAACCGAGAUGGGUAGGGUUUGGGUAUUUGCUUCUUGACGCUGGCUGCCCAGGUUGGCAUAGUAUUAGAUUGUUGCCUUCCUUGUGGCAGCUCUUGGCCCUUUUAACAUAUAUGAUAAUGGAGGAAAUGAAGAGGUGGUAAACUGUGUUAGGAUAGCCAUUGUGGUUGGUUGACCUGUGCUUGUUCUGUUUGAUGCCCAUCAGAGAUCUUCGGUUGGAGCUUAUCCGUGAGCUGUGGUGUCUUAAGCCUGAAAAUGCCUAGUUUUGUUUUUCA